CUCCUUUCACUACCUAGGUAGCCAAGCCUUCGUAGUGAAGCUUGAGCUGCCUGUAUAUAGCUUGUGCUUAUGCCCAGCUUCUGCAUCCAACUCAGGUUCACAGCCGCUUUUGCAUUCAAGCCUCGUUUAAUUUCUUGGUGCGGUCUCGGCGAAGCUUCAUCACAAUGGCUAUCAAGACAGCCGGUGGGAACAGUGCGUUCCAUAACACUGUCAAUGACUUUGCUCACAUUGAAGACCCAAAUGAGCGUCGUCGUCUCGCGCUCGCGGAUAUCGACAACGCGCGCUUCGGCUGGUACCAUGUUCGCGCCAUUCUCGUCGCCGGAACUGGUUUCUUCACAGACAGCUACGACAUCUUCUGUGUAUCUUUGUUAGCCAUCAUGCUGGGUAUUGUCUACAAGCAGGACAACAAGGGCGUUCUCCUCACUACCCAGGACACCGCGAUCAAGCUCUCCACUUCGGCCGGUACCGUUAUUGGCCAGGUCGGCUUCGGCGCCCUUGCUGAUAUCGUUGGACGCAAGAAGAUGUACGGUCUUGAGCUGAUUCUCAUCAUCGUUGCAACUCUGGCCCAAGCUCUAGUUGGUGGUGGUCCUGGAGUGUCGGUUGUUGGUCUCAUCAUCUUCUGGCGUGUCCUCAUGGGUAUCGGUAUCGGUGGUGACUAUCCCCUUUCGUCGAUCAUUACGUCAGAAUUCGCCACCACGAAGCACCGAGGAAAGAUGAUGGCUGCUGUCUUUAGCAUGCAAGGUUUCGGCCAGCUUGGUGGUGCAGUCGUCAUGGUUUGCUUGACCGCUGGUUUCAAGUCCAAGCUUGAUAAGGCCUCCUCGUACGCCACUUGCACUGGCGAGUGCCGUAUCGCUGUUGACCAGAUGUGGCGCGCGUUGAUCGGUAUUGGCAUCGUUCCAGCCGUCUGUGCCCUCUACUUCCGUCUUACCAUCCCUGAGACUCCCCGUUACACUUUUGAUGUCGCCCGUGACAUUGAGAAAGCCAACGCUGAUGUUAAGCACUACAUCUCUGGCAAGAGGGGUGAGGGCGAGGUUGAUGAGAUCAUGGCGGCCACCACCCGUCAGGCAUCCGUUGCUCAGCUUGAAGUUCCCAAGGCCUCAUUCAGAGAUUUCUGCCGCUUCUUUGGCAAGAUCAGGAACGGCAAAAUUCUCGUCGGAACUGCCAUGUCAUGGCUGUUGCUUGAUGUAGCCUUCUAUGGUCUCGGCCUGAAUGCCUCUACUGUCCUCCAGGCGAUUGGAUACGGCGGUGGUGCUACUGUUUACCAUAAGCUCUACAAUCUGGCUGCUGGCAACUGCAUUCUCAUCUGUGCUGGCGCCAUUCCUGGAUACUGGCUGGCCGUUGCAACCAUCGAUACCGUCGGCCGUAAGAUCCUCCAGCUUGUUGGAUUCAUUAUGCUCACCAUUUUGUUCCUGAUCUGGGGUUUCGCCUACCACCACCUAAGUGGCCAUGCCAUGUUGGCCAUCUACGUUCUCAUCCAGCUCUUUUUCAACUGGGGCCCCAACACCACCACCUUCAUCGUUCCUGGGGAGAUCUUCCCCACUCGAUACCGUUCAACCUGUCACGGCAUCUCCGCCGCAUCUGGGAAAAUUGGCUCCAUCAUCGCCCAGGGUGCCAUUUCACCUCUCCGCACCCGUGGCGCUACCGCAAAGCAAGCCAACCCAUGGCUCAACCACGUCAUGCAGAUCUUCUCUGCUUUCAUGUUCGCCGGUAUCUUCACGACCUUACUGAUACCUGAGACUAACCAGAAAACCCUCGAGGACCUUUCAGAGGACUGGGAUAUGGGUGAUGAGAGUAUUACCGGCGCUCCUACACACAAUAAGAGUGCUGAACGUGGUAGUGAUGAGGAGCCCAAGAUUUAAUGGCGGUCUGAAAAGCUUUUGCACCAACUUCGUUAGAUAUCCUUUCUUUUAGCAGAACCAUGUAUACCAUCAUGCAUCCGAACCUACUGCUUUGACAGCCAAAAGAGAGGCAAAACACACAUGC